GAUGUAAACAAUGUCUGCACGACUGUCAUUGUAAGGGGUCAUUACCAGAUCGGCACUAUCCGCUAAUGAAGAUACUACGGAAGCACUAUCAGAAUUCCUCUAAUAAAAGUUAAACAGACAUCAGGAUGAAUUAUGCACGAUUCUUCAACAAAGUUAGUUUGGCGAGGAAGCCAUCACCAAUCAGGGUCCUUACUGAGAUAAUACAGAACAGUCCAAAGUCACUAAUCAGCAUGGCAGGUGGGAUGCCUAAUGUAGAGACAUUUCCUUUCACAGAGGCAACCAUCACACUAAAGAAUGGCUCUAAACUACAUUUGGAUCAGACCGCCAUGAAUAAAUCUCUGCAAUACUCUGCAACUUCAGGCUUGCCCAUGUUACACCAGUGGGUCAGUGAUCUCCAGACCAGUGUCCACAGUCCGCCAGACACUGGACACCCAAUGACCUGUGUCAUCACUAAUGGUAGUCAGGAUGGUCUCUGUAAGGCGUUUGAAGCUUUCGUGUCUCCCGGUGAUAAUGUUCUGUUAGAACAUCCUGUCUAUCCUGGUUCUCUAGCCGCGGCUCAGCCACUGGGCUGUAACCUGAUCCCAGUCCAGUCAGAUGGAGAUGGUAUUGUCCCAGACGACCUCCGUAAGACUCUGUCCCACUGGAGUCCUGCAGAUGUCAAGGACCCUGAAAGUGACAUUCCUAAGGUGCUGUAUUGUAUCCCAAAUGGAGGGAACCCCACAGGAUCUGGUCUGACCCUGAAGAGGAAACAGGAAAUCUACUCGAUAGCCCAGCAGUACAACCUCAUCAUAUUGGAAGAUGACCCAUAUUUUUACAUACAGUUUACCAGGCCAUUUGUUCCAAGCUUCCUAUCUCUGGAUGUCGAUGGAAGAGUUUUACGAUUUGACUCCUUGUCUAAACUCCUGUCCUCAGGAAUGCGGAUAGGUUUUGUUACGGGGCCGAAGCCAGUAGUUGAUCGUUUAACAUACCAUUUGAUGUGUUCCUCCAUGCAAGCCAGUGGUCUCUCUCAGAUGACACUUGCUAUGAUCCUAAAAGAGUGGGGGCUAGAUGGUUUCUUAGACCAUACAGACAAGACUGCAAAAUUUUACGAAAAUCGAUGUCAGCUUUGUCUGAAGGCAGCCAAAAAACACCUCACAGGUUUGGCUGAGUGGUCAGAGCCCUGUGGAGGAAUGUUCCUCUGGUUAAAGCUCCUGAACAUAACAGAUGCACAUGAACUGAUCACAAAAAAGGCUUAUUUACGAGACGUUCUGUUUGUGCCAGGGAAUGUGUUCACAUUUGAUAGCAGUGCCCCCUGUCAAUAUGUCAGGGCAUCAUACUCAACAGCAACUGAAGAAGAAAUGAACAUGGCAUUUGCAAGAUUAGCAGAACUACUCAAGGAGGAGACCUCAAAGGAAAACUGAUGAUUUAAAACAAUUGUUAUGGGUAAAUAAGAUCUUUGACGGAGUAAUCAGCCAUACAAUGUAUAAUAUGCAAUAGCUCAUUUAUUUGUAUUUGUUUACACCGGUGCAAAAAUCUUUAACAUCAUCAUGGCUGUUAAUUCAUACAACUUGUAUAUUAUCUAUUGUUUUUUAUUCAUCAAGUAUUCAAGAAUGACCACCAAAACUUUUAAACUUUUUAUUUAUUAAUUACAAGUUUUCAUGGAUGACCAUCAAAACUUUUGACUUUUAUCUAUAAAAUAAAAGUAUUCAGAAAUUUUGCAGAAACCUUCUUUGGCUAAAGGUCUACCAAAAUUGUAAAUUAUAUGGUCCCUACCCCUGAGGGGCCUGAAGGGCAGGAUCAAAAGUGGUCAAAUUUACUGAUAUUUCAAAAAUCUUCUGCUAAAGACUCAGACUUAUGUACUCCUUAAUGGAUGGAAGGAUCUUUAGGUGCUUUAUCAAACAUACAAAUUUCAUGGCCCCAGGGUGUCACAUUCCCCCUGGGGAGGGGCUAAAUUUUACUGUAGUUUAUAUAGGAAACUCACAUAUUUUAGCAUAAUUUGUUUCAUUUUUAUUGAACGUUGGUUAGCUAACUUUUCUCAAUUACAUAUUAUCAGAGAAUGUCAAGGUCCUUGCUAUGGGGUCAAAAAGUAGGUCGAAAAUGAAAAUCUCAAAUUGAGUAAUUUUCUUCAUUGCAUAUGAAAGGAAAUGAUCCACUGAAGCUGAAUGGGCAAGUUUUAUGACCAUUAGAUGAAAAAUAACAGAGAUAUGGCACUUUGAAAAAAAUAAAGGCAAUUUUUUCCCCACCAAAAUGAAAAAAAUCACCCAAAAUUGCAGAUGAAAGGUUUCUGCUCUUUUAUCUAUACUUUGACCUUCAUUCUAGGUCACAAGUUCUUUCAAAAUUAUUUAUUUGGGGCACAUUUUAAAGAACAUGCUCUUUUGAAGGUGCAUACAAGGUAUCAAGAUCAAAUCAUUGAAAGAUGAUGCAGAUAUGGCACUUUGAAGAAUGUUUUCCUGUCAAAAUUCAAAAUUAUCCAAAAAUUGCAAUUCAGAUGUUUUUCUUUUAUUACUGUGAUAUACAUACCCUUGAUAAUUAGCAUAUCUACAGCUUAAGUUGCUGACUGCAAUAGUUAUGCAAAAAGUUGACCUUGACCAAAAUUUCAAUGUCACAAUAAUCAAAUGAAAGGUCAAAGGAUGAAAAUUAAGAGAAAAAGAAAAGAAAACAUAGGUAUAGCAUAUGAAUUCAACCAUCAAAUAGUUAACAUAUCAGAGGUCAUUUCCUGAAUGUAAAUACCAUGUUUUCCCCUGUGUAAUAUCUAUAAUUAUAUAUAGUCAGUGAAAAGUGUUUACUUGUCUGGUUUGGUUAUUAACACACCUCAAUACAUGUAUAUUCAUGUGUAUUUUCAGUUCUUAGAAGGUUAUCUGAGAAUAAAACACUGGU